AUGGGUGGUCUUCCAGAUCCGACGCCACGUCUUGACUACGGCGACGACGACGUCAACUAUAUCACCGGCUCCUCCAAGAAGCGGAAGCCAUCUGACCCCGACCGCACCCCACCACGAUCACAUGCGCCUCCUCAAGCUCCCAAACCAUCGCCGUCCCCGAUCGAUGUCGCCCACAUCCCCCGGACUGAACCCACCCAAAGCGGAACCGGUGGUGGCUCACCACGAAGCAGCAAGCCAGCCGUGCAACACAACUACGAAGAUGAUCGAGCUCGGAGUGUGUUGAAGAAGCGACUUCACGAACUGGCCGAUGCUUCGAUGGCGAGCCCGUCAGAGGCAGAAACCUUCCUAGAGAUCGUCAUUGAGAAGUUGAAACCUACCGUGCGUCUCCGAUACGCAAACAAGCUUCACGUCAGAGCCGUGAAAGACUUCUUCUUCGACAGUGACAGCAAUGAGAAGUUCGUCACAGCACAGGAGGUCAGUGAGGUUCACGCGCAAUCGGCGAAAGUGCUCGAAGUGAUCUACAACAACUCGAAAAAUCUCUUUCACCCUCCGUCGGACUGGAGAAGUGGACGCGACAGGAACUUCAGAAGCACCGACGGCGGGCGGACUCCAAGUCUUGAGAUACUCGACGUUGUGCAAGUAGAGGAGGUGAAAGCAGACGGCGGCCCAGAUUCUCCGAAGGAAUUCGAUCGGUCCAACAUCACUUGGUACCCUCGUCUACGCACCUACAGCAAGAACCACUGGGCAAUCAUCUCGAGGUUCAAUGAUUGUAUUGUGACGGUCUUACUUGGUAACGGCUACAAUCCCGACAAGGACGACAUCCCGAGUAAGGUCAGAUCGUCGUCCGUAGAAAGUCGCUACCAUAUCCUGCUGGCCAAGUGUGGUCGCGAGGUGCCAGACGGUUUGAAGCAUCUUGACGCCAUCUGGUUGAAAAAUUCCGACAAGGGCCCGAAGUUUACGAUCGUUGACGUGCGGAAGCACGAUCAUUUUCCUCACACUGCUCUCAUUCGUCGCAUGGCCGAUAGGCCAAUCGACCCGUUCACUGCACAUGAGACACUGAAGAGAGUUGGCGCGUGGGCUGGAGUUGUACCGGGACCUCUGCCUUCAUCGUUGACAGAGGCUUUGAGCAGUUACAGAGUCGACUCAAGCGUCGGAGCUGGUGCCCAACGUGAUCGGUCAUCGUACGGCGGAUGGUCGUAUGACUCACCACCCAACGCUCGAUCUCCCAACUAUCGACCAUCAAGAUAUGAUCGAUCGGCAUACAGUCCACCGCGCUACCCUCAGCCUUCCACCGAACCUGAGCCGCGGACACAGGCGAACACUCAGGCCAUGCGCACUUCAAGAAUUCAGCAGCGGACGGUGGAUGAUCUCGACCGGGAAGAGAUGCCUGAUGGAUAUCGGCGUUGA